AUGUCAUGUCUUUUGGGCGAAGAAAAUUUGAAAUGGGAUUCAGAAGACGAAGAAGAAGAGGAAGAAAACACACAUGGAGGGUGGGUACUGGUUUUGCUGAUGAUAGUUUUUGGAAAAAAAAUUUCUGAAGAAAAUUCGCAUGUUUUCAUGAUCCAUACACCUCUUUUCAAAUUUUCCGAUUUUUUUAUCCUUGAUGGCUACUACAGUCCAUACUACGGUAACUACGGUGGUUAUGGUGGCUAUGGUGGAUACGGUGGCGGCUACUAUCCAUCCUACUCUUCCUAUUCUUACUAUCCUAGCUACGGAUAUGGCAACUAUGGAGGAUACGGUAACUACGGAUAUGGUAACGGAUACGGAUACAAUAGUUUCGGCUUCUGCGGAAUCCGUUGCCGUCGAUUCCAACGUCGUCUGAUGUGGGCACAGAUGGCUGGCUAUGGAAUGUAUGGAAAGAAGUGA